AUGUUGCAAAAAAUUUUAAAAACACCAUCACCGCUACCACCAUCACCAACAACAAAUAUAUUACAAAAUUCACCACCACAAACACAUCAAACACAUCAAACACAUCAAUUACAAAUAUCUCACCACCAACAACAUUAUAAUCACCAACAACACCAUAGCAUACCACAAAUACAGUUACAAAAACCACCAGCGAACGAAGAAUUAGAUCGAAUUUUCACGGAAAAAUUAAAAAUUUUAAAAAUGAUGACGCUCGAAUAUGCAAAAAUGCCAAUUGAAAAAGUGUUUAAUUGGAACGAAAUUGCAAACGAAUUACGACAAUUUGAAAUAAAUUGGUAUGUUGUUGUGUUCCGAUCUGUUCGAAAAGCUGACGCGGAUAAUAAAUUAUUAUUCGAAGCGGAUGCUAACGCACAAGACGAAGCAAGAAAAAGUGGCGGUUUAUUAGCGUAUUGGUAUGGAGAGCUGAAUGAAAGACGAGAAUGUUUAGCAAUGUGUAUUUGGAGUGACCAAUAUUACGCAAAAAUGGCAAAUAACAAACCAAAUCAUGUGAUAGCAAUGAAACUGACAGCAAUGAUGUAUGAAACUUAUAAAUUAGACAGAUAUUUUAUUAAAAAAAAUAGAGACCAGCCUGAAUUUACCGUAGAAAAGUAUCAGUAG